AUGGCCUUUACUAUUAACGCUACGCUGAAGAUGAUCACCGACCGCCCGGAUCUUCUGACGAUCCCGACCAUCGUUUGCACUGACUCGUACUCGAUCAUCGAGAACUGCUGGAUCGACGGUGACGACAACCCGGCCGAUGCUUUCACGAAAGCGGCCCCGAACCGGGCCCUCGAGUACCUCAUCAGCCGCAGCGAGGCCACUAUAAGCAUGGAAGGACUGGUCACGCGGAGAUGA